AUGCCUCGGACGAAGUUGCACGUGGUUGGCAUAGCAGUGCCUUCAACCCCUCCUGGAGUUGAUCUUCGUCGGAAGGGUCGUCGGGUGUGGAAUGCAUCAAAGUUAGCACUAUACUCUCGGCCUGUCUCUACGGAUGCAGCCUGUUCGUCUGAGCUGUUGUCGCCUGCCAUCUACAGUGGGGUGCAAGAUGUAUUGUGUGGUGAUGUGCAAGCGGCUCAAGAACCUGAAGGACCAACCGACAUAGACGCAGGGAGUGAUGUCCAGACCCCAGAGCCAGUGCCUCCAACUUCUUCUACCAAGGAGCGGGAUGAGGAUUCAAUUGUUCACGACAACGAGGGGCUAAGCAAGAUCGUGCAGAUCAGGGAACAGUUGGAAAAGGACCAGAAGUCUUUUGCGGCCAUCACCAGUAACCAGCCCGUGCAGCUUGGAUACAACAUGAACGCUCUCGUGGUCUUUGCAGCUGUUAUUGCCUGCGCUUACGCCGGUGGCUUUGGAGGCGGCUACGGCGGCGGAUAUGGCGGAGGUUUCGGCCAUGGCGGCGGCUUUGGGGGAUAUGGUGGUGGACUGGGUGGAUUCGGCGGUGGCUACGGCCACGGCGGUGGCCAUGCUGUAGCUGUUCCAGUUACUAAGGUGUCCUACGUCAAGAAGCCCGUUGUGAGCGUUGGCUAUGUCACCAAGCCAGUAGUCAGCUUCGUCAAGCAGCCAGUCACUACCGUAUCUCACGUGGUUAGGCCUGUCGUUUCUGUCGGAACCGCUUUUGUUUCCGGAGGCCAUGGCGGAGGAUUUGGAGGUGGUUUUGGUGGAGGUUUUGGAGGUGGCUACGGAGGUGGCUACGGUGGUGGCUACGGUGGCGGCUAUGGCGGUGGCUAUGGCGGUUACGGCGGUGGACUUGGCGGCUUUGGAGGUGGUUAUGGCAAAGGCUGGUAG